AAUUUUUCUUCGAAAUAAAAAAAAAAAAAUAAAACAAGGCGGUGUGCGGUUAAUCGGAAAAUCUUUUCGUUUCAGAAAAAAACCAAGAAAUUUCAUAUAAAAACUUUCAAUUUAUUUACAAACCAAUUCUCAAAUUCAACACAAAUUAAAUUUAAUUAAAAUGAAUUCACUUAAUUUACGCGUAUCAACAGUUAAAACAGGUGAAAAUGCAAAGAAAAAUUCCGAAAUGCGUUCGUCCCUUGUUAGCUUACCGAAGCACUAUGAAAAAAGCGAAGAAAGUUAUUGCUUGGAAUUAAAAAACUCAACCAGCAUUCCAGAGCAAGUGGCAGUGGUUAAAAACGUGUGUAGCAUUAUUUUCAAAAACAUUGGCAAAAAUUCUGCUGUUUUGCAGUUUCUCACAGACCUUUACUUCUAUACUCCCCUAAAGCAUCCAGUAAGGAAUCAAAUAUCAAAGUUAUUAAUAACAGCUGCCCGCCUAGAAACUGGAGGAAUUGAUGAGAACACAAUUGUCGAAUCACUUGCAGACACACUUGCACGAUUAUUGGAUGAUGCCAAGGCAUCAACUGAAAGUUCUAAAUGGAAUCUAACUGUGACUUCAAUAGCUGGCUGUUUUGAGAACUUUGGCUGUGGUCUGAAAGCCUUGGAAUCUAAAAUACAAAUCGUAUUUCCAUUUUUGUGUAGUUCUUUGCAGCGGUAUUUAACAGAAUUGAGUGUCCUCAGCUCACCAUCUGUAAGAAACGAAUACUACCUUUAUGUACACAACUCAAUUAGACUCAUUCUUUCGUGUGCCCAAGAGUAUCCCGAAAUCUUGCGACUUCAUCACUCGGAACAACUCAAAAACCUAAACACUGUGUGUAAGCAGAUAAUAAACGACGAUGAAAUUCCAAUGGAUCCACGGACAAACUCGGGUAUCCUUAUGGCGUAUAUUGCAAAAAUAUGCUCCAACUAUGAAGCCUUCAUCCAUGAAGUUAAAUUAGCUAAAAAUUCUAAUGAAAUUGUACUUUGUGUUGGUAUUGUCAACACAUUCGACUACCAUGACUUUACUCAACUCUCCAAAGACAUUCGCGACAUUUGCACUAAAAUUGACGACAUGGCUAAUGCAAAUUCAACUGCUCCCAAUAUCUUAUUAUGUGCAGCUCGAUCACUUUUUCAGAUUUCGAAAAUACUUUUAAAUUUUGAUUUGCGAAAUAAUGAAAUGAGCGAAGACACAAAGCUAAUUUUAAGAAAACUUCUAAUAUUUGCAUUCUGUUAUUUAGAACACCACAUGGACAGUGUUCGACACUUAUGUAGAGACCUACUACGAAAUGUUAUUGCUUUGAGUAAGAAGAUUUCUUUUAGUUAUCUUUUGCAAAAAAUUUUCGACGCUUGCAAUUCAGAAAGACUCUCCAUGUCAAUGAAAUGUAUAGUUUUGCUUCAAGCUGUAUCGAUACUAGGCAGUCAGGAUAUUAUAAAAAACUGCAAGGAACUAUUUAGUACAUUGUUUGCUGAAAACCUUGGACGCGAUUUUAUAGUCAAUAAUCUAUUUGAAGGCUUAAUGGCUUCCAGUCACAAUGAACUUGAUUUUGAAGCAUGGAAAGAUCUUUGGAUCACGUAUUUAUUAGAAAUUGCUGCUAAAAACGAUGCAAGGCUUCCAGAUGUAGAAGUGCUUUUAGUAAAGGCAGUCAAAUGUGAACCUCGCAUUGUACAACAUAUCAUUGAACAUACCAGUGAAAUUCCAAUCAGUACAAAACUAUCAGCUUUAUGGGCAGUUCGUAAAAGCGGCAUAAAAAUGGAUAAUUUCAGUGAAAUUCUCAACGGUUUUUCGACAAAUCUUUUACAUUCAAUUCUCUCGAAUUGUGACGAUACCCGUAUUAUGGCACUACGCUUGCUCGUUGAAACGCACAAAACUACAGAGCUUCUCACUGAGCUUGAGUGUGAACAUAUCUUGCUUUUUCUAGAGUACAAUUCAAAUUGUCAGAGCCCAGCUGUUAGACAAAAAACACUUGCACUUUUAGGCAAAGCUCUGAUUAGAUGUGAACUCAAUCUAGUCAAGGUGCUGAAAGACAAUUCUCCAGCCGAGAAACAACGGUACAACAAAUUUGUAAUGGAUUUCAUUAAAAUCCUUGUUGACAAUCUAUUUCAAGGUGCGAAUUUUAGUCGUCGUUCAAUAUCUCUGCAGUUGCUUGAAAUUUGUGUUCGUAUUUUGGUUAACUGCGAUCUAAAUUUAGAUGAAUUUCUGCCGAAAAAUGCCGUCCAAACGCUGAUAGAAGUCUUAAAUGACACCUAUGAAGCAAACAAAGAACUUUCUGCAUCGAUUCUUAGACUUAUUGAAGACAAAAAAGGGUGUCGAGUUUUUGAAAAAGAGUCAAUAGACCAGAUUAAGGAGUUACUGGUGAGCGUACGACCAGCAGACUCUGUGACAGGAGCAUAUCGCUUAGAAUUCUUUUGUAAUAAAGGCAGUCCCGAUGCCUUUGGGAAAUUCGAGGUUACUCGAUAUUGCCCAGUGCAUUAUGCUGCCCUGAGAUGGACCUUGAAUAUUCUUAAAGAUGGACUUCGAUUAGGAAAGGAAUCAAUUUUGUUAGCAGCAAAAUCAAACCCUUUGUAUGGAGUUCUUUUUGCAGUUAAACAUCUUCUCAAAAAAUUGGACUUUCAAGGAUUUUCGAAAGACAUCGGAUGGCGGAUACUCAUUGCUGAAGUUAUAGUCAUAUGCAAAGAAUUGACUACUGUUGUUGGACCAGUAGUGAAUAAUUCUUCACCCGAGGGGCACUUGCCAAAUGACUUCAGUGAACUCCCAGAGCAUUUCCGCGGAGCAGAAAAUAAAUCUAAAACGCCGCGUAAAAUAUUAUCAUCGAAAUCCAAACUUAGUCAAGAUAAUCUUAAGACUACCCCACAAAUGGUUCUUUUGUGUGCUUGGCGAACGGUGAAAGAAGUUUCUCUGAUACUGGGAGAAGUUGUGCUACGAUCGCCUAUCCAAUAUAAUAAAGCAACUGAGAAUUUUUUGGUCACCAAAGAGCAAAUUCUAGAGAUCGGAGAACACUUCAAGUUGCUUCUUUCGGAGACAAAACAUCGUGGAGCCUUCGAGCAAGCAUACGUUGGAUUUUCAAAGUUAUGUGCUCGAUUGUGGCGUGUUGAAAGUCAUGAUUUGAACAUCCUUCCAAUGACGUGGUUGCGAGAACUGUUAACAAUCAUUUCCAAGGAUGAGCAAAUAAAUGAAAAAAUUUGUUCAACUCGUCGCAGUGCUGGAGUUCCCUUUAUGGUGCAAGCCUUAAUAACAUCUGAACUUCAGGUUGGAACAACAAGGUCAUUAUAUUUCUGCAUGCAACAACUUAUGCAGCUCUGUGGAAACGCCGAUAGAAGUACUGAGGCUAGGAGUCAUGCUUUGAAUAUAUUAAGAGCGCUCUUUCGAUGCACUGAUCUAAAUGAGACUAUCGGCGAGUUUGCUAGCGCUGGAGUCAUGUGUUCUUUACGUGGCUAUGAAGCGUCUACGUGGUCUGAAAAAAAUUCAGCAACUUUAUUAUUUUCAGCUUUAAUAACACGUAUUUUUGGAGUUCAACGAACUCGAGACUCGGACAAUUUAAGUAUUCGCAAUAAAAUGACUGGAAGAAUAUUCUUUUUGCGAUAUCCCAAGUUGUAUGAUUUCUUUUUGGAUGAGUUACGUAAAGCUAGUUCUUUGAUAUUACGUCAUGAAAAAGCCAACAAAUUACAUCCAUUAUUACUUAUGCUGAGUAGAUUAUAUCCAUCUGCAUUAGAAGGAACCGAGUCAAAUUUAAAGCUUUCUGAAUUUAUUCCAUACAUAUCGAACUGCUCAGGAUGUCCCGAAAUGCAAACAAGGUAUUUGGCAGCAAAAGCUAUUGUUGCAUUGAUUUCAGUGGAUUCAUUGCCAGUUGCUAUCUUGAGAAAGUGUGCUGAAGUUUUAAUUUCAGCAGAUGAUCCAAAAUCGAUUAACUUGAAUGUUCUUCAUGGCCACUUGCUACAGAUUCUCUUCCUUAUAAAAGCACUUAAAACACAAGAAGUUGAGCUUAUUGGUGACAUAUGCUCAACUGUGGUCACUUUUCAUUCAAAAACUAAAAUCAAUAAUGCAGUAAUAUUGAAAGUAAUGCUGGAUAUUUUCAUUGAGAUUUUAAGUGGAACUAAAAAUCUCAAGCUUCCCCAAGAGACCAUACAAAACCUACUGCAUUUCUCACAACAAAAGCACUUUUACACAAGUGAACUUUCCUUUUAUUAUCCCGUAUUUCGUAAAUCAUUAUACAUCUACAAUUUACACAUGUUGCGACUGACUUUACCAUUUGGAGCCUUAUCCGACUUUUUACUGUCUCCUCCUAUCACACAUGAGAGCAUCUACCUCGAACAGGCAGAAACAUGCCUUAAUAUUAUUAUUUUAGUUUUAUAUAAAAAACGUUCGCUUACCGAAGAUUUAGAGGAGUACGAACUUACAGAAUCUGAAAUUGCAUUUAUGAAAGUUCUACCCGACGAUAUGCUUGAUCAAUUGCACGACGAAUUGAAAAGUAGCAAAAAACUACAUGCAACGCUUAAAGAAGUCACACAAAUACCAAAAUUUUAUCCAGAAUGUGCAAUGAAAGCAUAUGCAGCAUUAAGUCAAUUAGAUGUAUUUGAUUUCACUCUAACGCAAUUAAUCAAAGAAUCUAAAAAACAUCCAGGCGAUGUAAAAAGCCCCUUAACACUAUGUGUUGAACGAUUGGUGCUUAAAAAGGGUAUUGAAUUUAAAACCUCUUUAAUGUGCUUGGAGUAUUUAAUUGAAAUAACACAUUCAUGGAAUCCUGAUUGUUUAAGAAUAAAAGCAUCGAAUAUUUUACCACAUAUUGCUGUACAUUUUCCCACAGCACUUCAGAAGAAAAAAUUAAAAUUCGUUAAGGAAUUUAUUAGUUUAAUGUUAUCCAUGCUGAUGGAUGAGGAUUUCGAUGUUCGAAAUAAUACGACAAAAGUAGUCUUAAGUUUACCCAAAGAAGAUCUUGGAAUAGAAAAUGUUUUAUCAACAAUGGCACAGAGAUUAUUUCUACAAUACACUGCUGACCUUCUUAAUGCAAUGAAAGCUGACGAUGAUUAUAUAAUAGCCGUGUUUAAGGCUGUAGCCGAGUCGCAAUUGGCUGCUGCAAAUAUAGACACGAGUGAUGGCAAUGCAAGCACCAUCAGUAACAGUACCGCUAAUAGUGAUUUAGAAGUUUUCGAUAAAAACGAAGCAAAUGUCUUUGCUGAACCCCUAAGAGCUAUUUCCGAUAAUAUUGUGAUAUACAAAAGUACGUUUAGUAACCGACACAAAGUGAUGAACGUAGUUAAUACGUAUAAAAUUUAUUAAAGAUUUAUUAUAAAUUCUUCUGUAAUGUUUUUUGUUUUCAUCGGAGAACAAUUUGAAUAUUUUCUGCAAACAGUUCAGAUAAAUAAUGAUUGUAUAUUUUUUAUAUUAUUAUGUAUGUGUCUUAUUUUAUUAGCGUAAGGAAUUUUUAAUAGAAAGGUUAUAUUAAAUGAAUAAAGAAUAUUUUAGUUAUGGAAUUUUUGUCAAUAUGUAUUUUAUACGUGUGGCAGUUCAAAUAGAAAAAUAUCAGGUUACACUACACAUGAAUGUAUUGAUUUGUUUUAUUUUUUAAAAUUUAACACCAUUGUCAAAAAUAUAGAAAAAGAAAAUUA